CACUGGAGCAGCUCUCCAGUAUGUCAGGGACUACGUCUUUACUGCCUCCUCUGGAAGUAGGCGCCUUGAAAGUGUUCCACAGAUUCUGAUACUGCUAAAUGGGGGAAGGUCCUAUGACAAUGUAGAUAAACCCGCUUCUGCUCUCAAGGAGCUUGGUGUCUUGGUGUUUGGAAUUGGAACAAGUAGCUCUGAUAGCAGAGAGUUACAGAAGAUAUCCUAUGACCCCAGUUAUGCUCUCUCCGUGUCUGAAUUUACUGACCUUCGCAACAUCCAACAGCAGCUUCUUUCUGCCAUGAACACUGCCAUUAUACAGGACACAACCAUGACACCAACACUAAUACCAACAAUACUAGUUGAGAGUCAGGCUCCCAGGAGGGAUGUUGUGUUCUUGCUGGAUGGAUCUGAUGGCACUAGGAGUGGAUUCCCAGCCAUGCGUGACUUUGUUCAAAGAGUGGUGGAGACACUCAGUGUGGAUGAGAACAAAGAUCGCGUUGCGGUGGUCCAGUACAGUAGAGAUCCAGCCGCCCAAUUCUAUCUGAACACAUACACAACAAAGGGAGAGAUUCUCAACACUGUAAGAGGUCUGAGACACAAAGGCGGGAGACCUCUCAACACUGGAGCAGCUCUCCAGUACGUGAGGGACAAUGUCUUUACUGCCUCCUCCGGAAGCAGACGCUUGGAAGGCGUUCCACAGCUACUGAUUCUGUUGAGUGGUGGAAGGUCCGUUGACAAUGUUGACACGCCAGCCUCUGCUCUGAAGGAGCUUGGGGUUUUGGUCUUUGGAAUUGGAACAAGGAGCUCUGAUAGCAGAGAAUUGCAGAGGAUAUCACAUGAUCCCAGUUACGCUCUGUCUGUCUCAGACUUUACUGACCUUCCGAGCAUCCAGCAGCAACUUCUGUCCUCGGUGGAGGCAGUGGUUAUUGAUGUUACUCCAGAAUCACCAACAGUUUUAGUUGAUCAUGACACCGCCAGAAAGGAUGUGGUAUUCCUUCUGGAUGGUUCUGAUGGCACAAGGAAUGGAUUCCCAGCAAUGCGUGAUUUUGUUCAGAGAGUAGUAGAGAAACUCAAUGUGGGAGGAGACAAAGACCGCGUUUCUGUGGUCCAGUACGGUAGAGAUCAAGAAGUUAAUUUCUAUCUGAACACAUACACCACGAAGGGCGACAUUCUUGACAUCGUCAGAGGUCUGAGGCACAGAGGAGGUAGACCCCUCAACACUGGGGCAGCCCUCCAGUAUGUAAGGGACAACGUCUUUACUGCCUCCUCAGGAAGCAGAAGCCAAGAUGGUGUCCCUCAGAUGCUGAUACUGCUGAGUGGCGGGAGGUCCAAUGAUAAUGUUGAUAUACCAGUUUCUGCCCUCAAAGAGAGUGGGGUCUUGAUCUUUGGCAUUGGAAACAGAAAUUCUAGCAAAGAGGUUCAAAGGAUUGCCUCUGACCCCAGUUAUUCCCAGUCUGUUUCUGAAUUCUCUGAUCUCCCCAGCGUCCAGGAUAAGUUUUCUCCUCACUCAUUACUGUACACGUUGGCGCAACACCCAUUUCCCCAACAGUCAUAG